AUGACACUCAAUGAUACUGACAUCCUAAAUGAACCAGUUGUCAGUCACACUGUGGAUCUACCUCCUUGUGUCUCAGACUGCUACACUCUCCAGUGUACUGUGACAGCCUCUAAUGCUAUAGGCCAGAGCAACAUUUCCGUCACUAACAUCUUUUUCCCUAAGAUGCAAGUCAGUCCAGCUCCUGCCAUAGAGCUGGUGAAAACGCUGCCCCUGGGGGGUGGGAAACAAGAGAUUGUCGUUUGUGUGAAGCUCCCAGUGUUGUGUGUGUUCCAGAGAGUGAGGUACAGAGUUGUCAUCUCUCAUGGAGGAGACCCAGUCCUAGAGCUGUCCAGAGAGUUCAACUACAGCAGUGGCUACACUAGUGAGUGUAUUGAGGAGAAGGUCAGUGGAGAGCUGGAGGAGGGAACUGAGUACAGUCUCCUGGUCUUUGGAGACUCUGGGAACUAUUCUUCUUCCAACAUUCAAACCUUCAGUGAGUAGCUAUAAAUAAGUGUGACUCCUAUGUAUCCUGAAGAUAGUUUGCCUCUCAUUCUCAAAAUGGCAAGCUGAUAAAUAAAAAGCUAUAAUAUACUAUUGGAGGUGUUUUUGUGGGCAUUAGUUAAAGGCAAUGUGUCAGUAG